CGCUCGCCCAUCGCAUCGCUCCUCCAUCUCGUGUCCAUCUCUCACACCGGGAGCAUGAGUGCCGGCCCGCACCUCGCCCUGUGUCGUCGCAGGUGAAAAAGCCGUCCCCGAUCUACCCCUGCGCUAGUCGCUCCCCCAGACUCGGGAUCGGGAAGGGCACACAAUAAUGGCGGACCCCAACCUGCACACCGGCAGCCUCUUCUCCAGGAAGAAUUCCAUCUUCGGCAGGAACAAGAGAUCGAAAUCCCCCUUCGCUCCCUCCCGUGCCGUCACUCCGUCUACCUCCACCACCAAUCCUCCACUUCCCCUUCCCGUAAAAUCAUCCCUCCUCCACUCCCCCUUCGACGUCCCCUCUCUCAUCCCCUCUCUCAUCCCCAACCAAUCCGAUCCUCCCCCGAAAGUGCCCACAACGCCACCUGCACCCGCACUACCACCGAAGCCUGCACACCGCAGACACGCCUCACGGCACAGCUUCAGCUCGUCUGUCGCGGACAUAGGGUCGACUUUGCGACGGUCCCGCAGCGCCAGUCUGCGCACCAACAAUAGCUCUACCCACACAUCUGCCUCUGCUUCUGUCUCUGCCUCCUCGCAUAAGAGGAGCCCCUCCGCCACCCUGGCCCUCUCCUUCUCGCCAGAGAAAUCCUCCUCUGCUAAUGCCGCUACCGCAUCCAGCUCCUCCCGCCCCGCCCUCUCCAUCUCCACAUUCUCCCGGAGCAAAAAGAGCUCCGAGAACGUCAAACCCGGCGACGGCAGCGCUGGACAGGGGUACAGUAAGAGCCCGCUGAGCGCAGUGGACAACCCCAAGACACCAUUCGGCAUGGCAGUCCCGCUCAGGUAUCCGCCAUCCCAGAAGGAGAUCCAGCAGGCGCAGCGACAGCAGAGUGCAUAUGCGGCCAAUUUCAGCGGAGGUCUUGCACCCGCGGCUCCGAUUCCGAGUUUGAGUGCCGGUGCGCAUAAUCCGAAUCUCAUAUUCCAACAUAUACACGAGAUGGCGUCCAAGCGGAUAUCCACGUUAGAUUAUCUACGGAAGGCUCACGAAGGCCGCAUAUACUGGUUCAACACGCUCCUCUUCUCCAAACCCGACCUAACUCGACUCCCCUCCUUCUCCCCCCGCCACCUCUCCCGCCGCGCAACAAACUACCUCCUCCUUGGCUUCUCGCUCCCCACCAUUCUUGACCUGAACUCCAACUCGCCCACCGACUACCUCAAAGCGCUCAACGCACUCCUGCUUGAAUUCGAGCAAUACCAACAAAUCCAUCCUCCAGACGGCUCGACCUCCUCGUCCCUAGGUCGUGGGAAAAUGACACAAAUGUUCAAACGCAACGUCAUGGGCGUUGGCGGAAAAGCACGGCGGAGUUCGAGCGCAACUACGGAAUUUCCAUUACUUACUCCGCAAAACUCCUUCGCGUCGUCGUCAGACAGCAGCAAUCCAAACCCCCAAGCCCUAUUCGACGCCACAAGCCCACCAGACUUCGACCUCCUCCUCCCAAACGAAUCCUACACGCACCUGCAAACGCCCUCCCUCCCUUUCGAGCCAGACUUCUUUUCCACCUUUGCAACCCUCUGCGACGUUCUCAUCGACUGCUACACCAAGAUCCUCUCACUCCUGCAUAACCCAGAUUCGGUUGUAGCGGCCGGUGGGGGCGUGCCAAGUACGGUUGGGGAUUUGUUUAGCAAGGCUGACGCGAAGGUGAGGAAGAUUAUUCUGGCCAGCGUGGUCAGGGAGUUUGAGGAGAAUUGUAGACAGGGUGUUAGGGGAGAGGUGGGGGGGGUGGGGAAGGUGGUGCUCGGGGGGUUGAUGUAG